CUUAUACAAAAUUAUGUACUUUUUACUUUUUUAGUUUAAAAGUUUAAGACGUUCUACUAAAUAUUUAAAAUUAUAACAAUAAUAAGAGAAGAACUGAUGAUCCAAAAACAGGUGCUAGGAUUUGUAGUUGCCAUUUUGAGGAUAAUAAAAACAGAAUAGACCAACCAUCUUGCCUCAUCGCUUUAAACAAUUUGCCUCUAAUCAUUUGACCCCAGAAAAAAAAAAACUAGGAAAAAAAUGUCUAAAGAAAUAAUACCGAUAGAAUCCAUACCACAAAAACCAAAUGAUUCAAACUCAAUGGAUUAUGAGGUAGUUCGAAAUGAUGAUGUAGUUGUUCAUGAAGAUGUUCUAGAUCUGUCAAUAAAAUGUAAAUCAGUUAUUAGUUCACAUACGGUUGAUAUUCCACACAUAACAUCAAUUAUUCAAGAAUCUGAAAACUAUUACCUCAAAAAAGAAAAUGAAGCUAUGCAAUUAAAGUUAAGCCAUUUAAGUGUUUCAUUUAAUUAUGAAAACUUGAGUCAAAACAACGAACUGUUACAGUCUUAUACUGGCUUACCUAAUAAUGAAAUAUUUAUGUGUUUGUAUAAUUUAUUGAAAAAUGCAGAAAUUCACUACCAUUUCCAGUGGAAAGUUGAGGGUAUAAAUAGACAAGAUCAACUACUUAUAACUCUUAUGAAAUUAAGACACAAUUUUCCACAUUUUGACUUAGCUACAAGAUUCAAGUGUAGUAAUGGCACUAUUACUAACAUUGUAAUAACUUGGAUUAAUGUUUUACAUAAUGUACUGUUUUUACAAUGCAUGAAUAAAAUUCCAUCUAGACACAAAAACCAAACAUGUUUACCUAAUUGUUUUAAGCCUUUUUUUAACUGCCGAAUCAUAAUAGACUGUACAGAAAUAUAUACAUCAGUAUCCUGGCAAUCUAUGAACAUACAAAGAGAUACUUAUAGCAAUUACAAACAUAGAAAUACUUGGAAAAUUCUUUUGGGAAUUUCACCAAAUGGUGUAGUUACUUUUGUUAGCAACCUAUUUCCAGGUUCUACAUCUGAUAAAAUAAUAACAUUAAAAAGUGGGCUUUUAGAUCAAUUAGUUCCUGGAGAUCUUAUUUUAGCUGACAAAGGUUUUUUAAUAAGAGAUAUAUUACCCCCUGGAGUAUCUUUAAAUCUACCUCCCUUUUUAGAUACUCCUCAGUUUACACCUGAACAAGUGCUACAAACUGAAACGAUAGCUAAAGCAAGGAUCCAUGUUGAAAGAGCGAUACAACGGAUAAAAUGUUAUUCAAUUUUAAACUUCAUUCCUUCUAAAAUGUUGAAACAAGCAGAACAAAUUUUUAAAGUUAUUGCUGCACUUACAAAUUUACAACAUCCACUUAUUCAAGAAGUCCAAGAUAAAAUGUAAAAAGUACAAAUAAUUUAAUUAUAUUAAUAAAAUUCAAUAUUUUUUUAAUUAUAAACAUAA